CCAUUUCAAACCCAAACCCCACCCAUCCCUGCGCCCCCUCCAACCCGUCAUCUUCUUCCUCUCUACCGCCCGUUCAUCUUCUUCAUCGUUCCAUACGCAGGAUCCGGUCCACUACGGCGGCGAUAAUGGCUCUUCCUUCGCUUCUCCCGCCGCCACGCUAGAUUGCUCGUGGUUUGUGUCCGAGAACUUGACCGAACCCUAAUGGAUCUAAUACUUCCUCGAGCUCCACCCUUCUUCCCCAAACUCAACCCUCGAUCUGUCACCUCUAUCGCCGCUGCGUCAAUGACCUUUGUUUCUCGUCGACGCCUUCAUUUUGAUUUUCACUAUGGUUGUUGAUUUAGAUUAGGGUUUGAAUUUGGGGCUUUGAUUGGGUAAGAAAAUGCAGAAGAGGGGGUUGUUUCCCUGCUAAAGAUGUCAUCGCUCGACUCCCACGAUCAAGACGAUGCUCUGGUGAGGGAUGUCGAUGGGAUUGAUGAUUUGGCAGUCUGCGUCAGCCUUGAAGAUCGAUAGUUUACUUUUCUUCUACGCCUGCCAUCCCCCGCUCCAUCUUUAUCCCAUCAGAUUGUCGAUUUUGAUUCUCUCCCCCCGAAAUCAUCGCCCUUACUCUCACCUCCAACUGCUGGUCAACGAUUGCUUUCCCUGCUUCUGCUCGACUACUAUUCAGGUGACACCGGGCAGAAUUUUGAAGGUCAGGAUUGGGGGAUUGAAGAUUGGAAUCAGCUCGGGUGGAAGAGGAACGAAGACGAUAAGGGAAAAAUUGACUUAAUAAAUUUUAUUAAUGUGGUUGGUCGCUGAAGCGUCGGAGGAAGAAUGUUGGUGGUUGCCGGAAAAAUGUAAAAGUUUUUUAUUGUUAUUUUUUUAAUUAUUCCUUAAGCCAUGGAUUUUGAGACAAUAAGAGGUUUUUUUUUAUUUGGUAAGUUUUUGUUUUAACUUUUAUUUUAAUUGAAUUAAAAGAAUAAUGACAUGGCACCCAUGCAUCAGCCACGUCAGCAGCAUUUUGCUGAGUCUUUCACGGAUAGAUGUUUGACCGUCAAUAUAAACGGUAAAAAAAAAAUUUGGGCCAAAUUUGUCAAUUAAUUUGAAAAGUUGGCCACAAUUAUCUUAUUGAAAAAUUCGGGCCAAAAUUGACACUCACGCCAAACUUCGGGCCAAAAUAGGGUAUUAAUCCAUACAUAUAUAUAUAUAUAUAAAUUAAUACGUAUAUACUUAUCCUGUCGAUCGAUAUCCCGAUUUUUGUCGAAAUAUUAUCAAAAUACCCAAUUUUAAAUCAUGAAAUUUUCUUGCGAUCGAAAUACGAGUUUAGCCGAAAUGGGAUGUUACACAAUCUUUAGGAGCAUAACUCCUUUCUUUCAUAUAUUAUUGGACAUGGAUUGAAUUGUCUCCUGCAAGAUAAGUAUAUUAUCAGUCAUAUGUCUAGUUGGUACAGAGCUGUACUGAUUAGGUUGAACAAGGUGAUUCAUGAGGGGUUUCAUUAUAUCAUCCAGACACUUAGCCACCACUUUCUAAGACACAUUGUAGAGGCUAAUGGGUCAAAACUAGUUCAUGGAGCUGGCUUCCUCCACUUUUGGGAUCAAGGUCAGAAGCAUCUUGAUGAUGUUGACGCAAUCUGGACUGAUAAAGCAUCAAGACGUAAAGAUGGUAAAAUCAGAGCCAAUUACAUCCCAACAUGCUUGGUAAAAAAAAUCAUGGAAGCAAUCCUUUCUAGGUGCUUUCAUCCCACUCAUCAUCAUCACAUUGUUCUUCACUUUCAUCAGGCAUGGUGGUCUUGCAAUCUUAGUCAGAGUUGCUUCUUCUAAUUUAAAGAAAUUAGUCGCCACAUAAGGACGCUCCCUAUGUUGCUCUUGUGUAUAAGUUUAUAAGAAACUAUCUGGCCAUCUAUUGGAGCAUAGUGCAUCCAUAAUCCAUUGGUUGAUAUAAUGUUUUAGGCCUUUGAUCUAGUUUAUCAUUUUUUGGGAGAGCGUGCUUGUGUGGAAAAAUCUUGUAUUAUGAUCCCCUCACUUUAUUCAUUUAGCUCUCAAUUUUUGUAGCCAUAGAACUUCCAUCUUCCCAUAGGACAUCUUCCACUUCCUCCCUGGUGUUAUGCUCAACAGAAAAAGAUUGUCGAGUAGAAUUUCUAUCAUUCCUCCACUCCAGUGAAUUCAACUUGUUUGAGAGGAUCUUCUUCCUUUUGAAUAUGUUUUCAAAAAUCUAUUUGUUCCAAAUCGUUAACUUUUCGGUUAGGUCCUGCAAAGAUGGAAUAAACUCGUGACCAUAUUACCAUAUUACCAAUAGCUGUAAGAUAGUAGUUAGGGCUCCCAACCAUGAUAUAUUUGAGAUGUAUGAACUGUCUUUGGGUUUUCGUGACUUCAAGCAUCAUAUUACCUUUAUUAUAUAUAAUACAAAUUCCACCACUGAAGCCAAUCACGUAAGAUAAUUCCCAAGAAUCAUAUUCCAACAAUUUGAUAAUUUCAAGAGCUUCCUCUUCACUGAUCCUUAGUUUCAUAAUAUGCACAAUGCUCGAAUUAUGUGUGGCCCUAUAAAACUAAAAAUAAGAU